AGGAAGCCUGACAAAUAGGAAAAUACUACAAAGUGAAGAGAAAAUUCACUUCACGAGAACUGAGCUCUGCUUUCAUUGGCUUUUAAAUUUUAUUCGUAUUAAUAACUGAUUAGUGUCAGAUCAUCUCUGUAGUCUACUGUGGUGAAAUUAUUAGGUUAAAGCUGGAAAAAAUGAAACAAUUAAAAAGAAAAAGAAAAAGCAAUUUUAGUGUUCAGGAAACUCAAACUCUCCUUAAGGAAAUCAGAAAAAGGAGAGAAGUACUCUUUUCAAAGCAGCUUAAUACAACAAUUAAUGAGAUGAAACGGAAAGCUUGGGAGGAAAUAGCAGAGUGUGUAAAUGCUGUAGGUGAAGGAGAGCAAAGAACAGGGACAGAAGUGAAAAGGCGAUACCUUGACUGGAGAGCACUCAUGAAGAGAAAACGUCUGAAUGCAAACAUCAAAGUAGUAGGUGCUGGGUUUCACCUUCCUUCAUCCAAUUUAGAUGACUCUCUCAAUGAAGACAUGGAUGAGAAAAUGGGAUUUGCAAUUGAAUCUAGUUUUGAAUGGCAAAAUAUCACUGACUUCAGAGAAGCUGGUGGAUCUUUAACAGAAAUCAAAGUAGAAGAGGAAGAGGAGGAUCCGCAGAAUUUUGAAUUUCCUAUUGAGGAAGAAGAAGAAAUUUUGUCAUCAGUUUUGCCAGAUUCGAAAAAGGAAAAUGACCUACCAGACUUCCCCCACAUUGAAGAGUUUGGAAAUCUAAGCUCUGCUCAAGCUAGGCUAGCCUAUGAAGAUUCUCACUUGCUUAUAAAUCUGGAGAAGCAGAAGGUAGAGCUGGAGAAGCAGCGACUAGACAUUGAAGCAGAAAGAUUGCAAGUGGAGAAGGAGCGCCUGCAAAUUGAAAAAGAACGGUUGCGACAUGUUGACUUGGAGCGUGAGAGACUUCAGAUUGAGAAGGAGCGACUUCAGAUUGAAUGGGAGAAACUCAGGCUAGAGACUCUGCAUGCUGAAAAACCUGCCCUGGAAAAUGACCUUGCCCAAACAGAAAAACCCAUCAUGCAGCCUCUGGAUCUAGAAACUGAAAAGUUAAAGCUUGAAAAAGAACGUUUGCAGUUAGAGAAGGAGAGGCUGCAGUUCCUAAAGUUUGAGUCAGAGAAGCUGCAGAUUGAGAAGGAACGCUUGCAAGUGGAGAAGGAGCGCCUUCGAAUUCAGAGAGAGGGUCACUUGCAGUGAACUUCUUGACUGAAGUGUUAACAUUAGUGUUUUGAUGUUUGUAAAAUAGAGGUAGUUCUUUUCUUAAUACUGAAACUGUCUUAGAGGCUUAACAUUCUUCUGUUCAGAGUUGAAUGUUGAUGUUAAACUGAAAAAAAAGGUGCUCAGUAUGUCAGUGUGCCUACAUAAAUGAGCUUAUGUGUGAAAUUGCUUUUCAAUGUAUCAGAACUAAGUGUUAUGUUCUCUUGUCUUCAGUAUUGUGUUGUGUUAGUUCAGUGUCCUCCUCUCGUAGACACAGUGAGAAGAAUCAAGGCUGAACCUUGUA